UCUCUCUCUCUCUCUCUCUCUCUCUCUCUCUCUCUAUUCGGCCAUGGCUCCGAGCUUCAGAGACCUCCAACUCACGGCGGUGGGGGGGAUCCGGCGCACGGAGGCGAUCUCGGCGAGGGAGGGCUCCGGUGACCUCGAGGACGUGCGACUCCUCGACGCGUACGAUGACGAGGAGGCGGGGGUGGGGACGAAGAAGAAGACGGAGGAGGAGGAUGAUGAGGAGCGGGGGAUGAGGAGGGUCGAGGUUAGGGUUACGGGGAUGACCUGCUCGGCGUGCACCAGCUCCGUCGAGGCCGCGGUCUCCGCCCUCCGCGGCGUCUCCUCGGCCUCGGUCUCCUUGCUCCAGAACAAGGCGCACGUCGUGUUCGACUCCAAUAUAGUAAAGGACGAGGACAUAAAAGAAGCUAUAGAAGAUGCAGGAUUUGAAGCAGAAAUCCUUCCAGAUUCUAGUAAUUCUCGAUCAAAAUCACAAAAAUCCUUAACAGGGCAAUUUAGAAUAGGCGGUAUGACUUGCGCAGCAUGCGUAAGUUCUGUCGAAGGGAUUCUGAAGAAGCUACCAGGUGUUAAGAGAGCAGUUGUCGCAUUAACAACCGCCUUAGGCGAAGUUGAGUAUGACCCAUCACUCAUCAGUAAAGAGGAAAUCGUCAGUGCUAUCGAGGAUGCGGGCUUUGAGGCUGCGUUUCUACAAAGCAGUCAGCAAGAUAGAACCUUAUUGGGUGUAACUGGAUUGUAUGGCGAAACCGAUUUACAAUUAUUGAAACGGAUACUUAACAACUUGAAAGGAGUUCGACAGUUUGAGGUAAACAUCGACCUUUUGGAAAUCGCGAUCGUAUUUGAUCCUGAAGCUGUUGGCUUGAGGUCAAUAGUGGAUGCCAUUGGCAGAGAAAGUAACGGGCAAAUUAAAGCGCAUGUCUUGAACCCGUACACGCGAGCAGCUUCAAAUGAUGCUCAAGAAGCCUCGAAGACGUUCAAGCUUUUCCUCUCCAGUCUGUUUCUCAGUAUUCCGGUCUUUUUCAUAAGGAUGGUCUGCCCUAGCAUACCUUUUGUAAAUUCUUUUCUCCUCCUGCAUUGUGGACCCUUUUUGAUGGGGGAUUUGGUGAAGUGGGUAUUGGUUACUAUAAUUCAGUUUAUUAUUGGCAAACGGUUCUACAUAGCGGCUUAUAAGGCUUUAAAGCACGGCUCUACAAAUAUGGAUGUUUUGGUUGUACUGGGAACUUCUGCUUCUUACUUCUACUCUGUUGGUGCUCUCUUGUACGGUGCAUUUACUGGAUUCUGGUCCCCCAUAUACUUUGAGACGAGUGCAAUGAUAAUUACUUUUGUGUUAUUUGGGAAAUAUCUGGAAAGUCUGGCAAAAGGGAAGACUUCAGAAGCUAUUAAGAAACUAGUGGAACUGGCUCCUUCAACGGCUCUCUUGCUGGUUAAAGACGCAGAUGGGCGGUAUGUUGUAGAGAGGGAGAUAGAUGCAUUAUUAAUCCAACCAGGUGAUAUCUUGAAAGUUCUUCCUGGCUCAAAAGUUCCAUGUGAUGGUACUGUUGUUUGGGGAACAAGCCAUGUCGAUGAAAGUAUGGUGACCGGUGAAUCUGCACCUGUUCCUAAGGAGGUAUCUUCUUCUGUUAUUGGAGGUACAAUGAACUUGCAUGGCGUCCUUCAUGUAGAAGCCACUAAGGUGGGAUCAAACACGGUACUUAGCCAGAUUAUUUCUUUGGUUGAGACGGCGCAGAUGUCUAAAGCUCCUAUUCAGAAAUUUGCAGAUUAUGUUGCCAGCGUUUUCGUUCCAGUGGUUAUCACCAUGUCCUUGAUAACAUUCUUGGGAUGGUUCCUCUGUGGAUCACUAGGAGCAUAUCCUGAUUCGUGGGUCACCGAAAGAAGCAACUGUUUCGUCUUCUCUCUCAUGUUUUCUAUAUCGGUUGUCGUAAUCGCCUGCCCUUGUGCCCUAGGUCUCGCAACACCAACUGCAGUAAUGGUGGCAACUGGUGUCGGUGCGAGCCACGGGGUUCUAAUAAAAGGAGGAGAUGCUUUGGAGAGAGCUGAAAGUAUCCAGCAUGUGAUUUUUGAUAAAACCGGAACCCUAACACAAGGGAAAGCGGCUGUUACAGCUGCAAAAGUUUUCUCAGGAAUGGAUGUCGGAGAUUUUCUCACUUUAGUUGCAUCUGCAGAGGCAAGCAGCGAGCAUCCUCUUGCAAGAGCAAUUUUGGAUUACGCGCAUCAUUACCAUUUCUUUGAUAAGCUUCCUACGACGGAAAACGCUGGAAAGCAAAUCAAAGAGGCAAUACCAUCUGGCUGGCUUCUUGAAGCUAUGGACUUUUCUGCCUUGCCUGGGAGAGGUGUGCAGUGCUUGAUCAAUGGGAAAAAGGUUUUGGUCGGGAACCGAAGUUUGUUAACCGAAAAUGGGGUUUCUAUUCCUGUAGAAGUCGAAAGCUUCUUAAUAGAGCUAGAAGAGAAUGCUAAAACAGGUAUACUUGUGGCUUAUGAUGGCACUCUUCUUGGGGUUCUGGGGGUAACCGAUCCCCUCAAAAGAGAAGCCGCGGUUGUCGUAGAAGGGCUCAAAAAGCUGGGCGUUAAUCCGGUAAUGGUGACAGGGGACAACUGGAGAACUGCGCGUGCCGUCGCGAAGGAGGUUGGAAUCGAAGACGUAAGGGCGGAGGUGAUGCCGGCGGGGAAAGCCGACGUGGUCCACUCGUUCCAAAAGAACGGGUCGAUAGUCGCGAUGGUCGGGGACGGCAUCAACGACUCCCCCGCCCUCGCGGCCGCGGACGUCGGCAUGGCGAUCGGUGCAGGGACCGACAUCGCCAUCGAGGCUGCGGACUACGUGCUCGUGCGGAACAACCUGGAAGACGUGAUCACAGCCAUUGAUCUCUCGAGGAAGACGUUCAACCGCAUCCGAUUGAACUACUUCUUCGCGAUGGCGUACAACGUGGUGGCGAUACCGAUCGCGGCGGGGGUUCUGUUCCCGUUCACGGGGCUGAGGAUGCCGCCGUGGCUGGCGGGCGCGUGCAUGGCGCUGUCGUCCGUGAGUGUUGUGUGCUCCUCCUUGCUUCUGAGGAGGUAUAGAAAGCCUAGGCUUACCACUAUACUGCAAAUUACUGUAGAGUGAGAAUGUUUUCUUCUAUUUUUUUUUUCUUCUUUUUUUUCUUUUUAUUAAUUCUUGUAUAAUUUUCUACAUGGGGUUUUCACGGAAAAAAAAGGAAUGAAAGUUAAAAGUGGUGGUGGCUUUUAUUUGAUUUGUUGGCAACUCGGGCUGUUUUGGCAGGAGAGACAAAAUAGAAGUGUUAAAAUCGUGUGAGCGGUGGCAUUUAUUUUUUAA